AUGGCUUCUCCCAAUGUCUCUGAGUUCCACCCUUCUUCCUUCCUCCUGUUAGGGAUUCCGGGAUUGGAAGCCGCACAGCGCUGGCUUGGCUUUCCCUUCUGUGUCCUGUACCUGAUUGCUCUCGUUGGAAACGUCAUCAUUCUGUUGGUGAUCUGGACUGAUCACAGCCUCCAUCAACCCAUGUUCUACUUCCUGGCCAUGUUGUCUGCGGUGGACCUGAGCCUCUCCACAGCGACUAUCCCCAAGAUGCUGGGGGUCUUCUGGUUCCGCCUUCAGGAGCUGUGCUUUGGGUGCUGUGUCGCUCAGGUCUUUUUUAUUCACUUUUUCACGGUCAUGGAAAGCAUCAUCCUUCUUGCCAUGGGCUUUGAUCGCUACGUGGCUAUUUGCAACCCUCUCCGGUACACCAUGAUCCUCACCAACAGAAUCAUUGGUGCGAUCGCUGUGGUGGUGGUUGUGAGAAGCCUCUGCAUGAUCACUCCCAUCCUGUUCCUCCUCCUCAGGCUGCCUUACUGUGGGCACAGAGUCAUCCCUCACACCUACUGUGAGCACAUGGGGGUGGCGAGGCUUGCUUGUGCCAGCAUCCGGGCCAAUGUCUACUUUGGCCUUGGGAAUAUUUCUAUCUUGUGUCUGGAUAUUCUCCUUAUCAUCAUUUCCUAUGCUAAGAUUUUAUGCACCGUUUUCCACCUUCCUUCCCAGGAUGCCCGCCUGAAAGCUCUUCAUACAUGUAGCUCCCAUAUCUGUGUCAUCUUAGCCUUCUUUGGUCCAGCUCUUUUCUCUUUCCUCACGCAUAGGUUUGGUCAUAAUAUCCCUCAGUAUAUCCAUAUCCUUCUGGCUAAUCUCUAUGUAGUCGUCCCUCCUGCUCUCAACCCAGUCAUUUACGGCAUCAGAACCAAGCAGAUACAGCAGCGGGUGAGGAGUCUAUUUGCUAAAAAGCCCUGA